CAACUGCUGAAUACCUGAGAUAUUUCUUAACAGCAAACAGGCUGAGACAGGGAGAGGUGGAAAGAGUGAAAGAAAGGGACAAAGAGACUGCUGUGUCAUUCAGAAGAACAGAAGGAGAAAAAGAAUGGAGAGAUAAAUUAAAACAAAGAGAAGCCACGUGGAUAUUCCAACAAUCUCUGCUCACAGGCACAAGCUUCAGUGUCUCCAACCAAAGAAUAAACAAAUGGUUGGGUCUACACUGUCAUCACUGGUUACUGGGUGGAGUACUGUUAUUAAAUCUCUUGGAGACAAGCACAAAAAAAGAAAGUGAAAGAGUGAAGGCACGGCUAGAGAGAGAGAGAGCGAGGGAUAAAUAUAACACAAAAACUUCAGAGGGAGAGAGAGAGAGAGAGAGAGAGAGAGGAAAGAGAUAUUUAAAGUACAGAAAGAAGAAAGACAGAGGCAAAGAAACAGAAUCAAGAAGAGAGCUCUGAUUUGCCAUGUUAGAAAAGUAGUUGAUGCAAACAGAGAUGAAUGAAGCAGCUCGUCUCCCAGUGAUCCAGGCAGGGGACGGGAGGACACUGUCCAGAGCAGAGUUUUUCUCACUGCUGAGAACCUACAACUGCUUCCUAAAGGACCAGACUCAACUGCACCUCAGAUACUUCCAGGGUGGUGAUGGAGAGGUGGUGGUGGAAGGCUUCCUGAACAUCUCCUGGGGAGUGCGGAGACCCAUCAGGCUGAAAAUACAGGACGAUAAACAGCUGAUUCCCAUUGCUCCUCCGAUCUCAUCUGACCCCACCAGUCCUGUCAGCCCGCUCGGAAACAAGAGGGGUAUGACACGAUGGGGAGAAUAUGUUGACCUUCACCAGAUAGAUGAGAUGGCUGAGACUGCACAGGACACAGUGGUCAACAAUCCUUUACCAGGCCCAGUUGUUUAUGAGACGACCACGCUGCGUCCUAUGAGGCGGAAGAACUCAGAGCUGGAGGCAGAGUCCAACCUGUUUCGCUGUAUGAGUGACGCCUCAUUGGUCAAGAGGAGGAGGGGUAGGGGCAAGUCAGCAGAGCAAAGAGAGAAAGAAAGGCAACAUCGCUUUUCUAUCAAUGGACACUUUUAUAACUACAAGACCUCUAUCUUCACUCCGUCCUUCGGUACCCCAACUAAAGUUCGUAUCUCCAGCAGGUUGACCACAAACCAGGUCAUUGAACAGCUACUAAACAAGUUCAAGAUAGAGAACGAUCCCCAGGAGUUUGCUCUGUACUGUGUUCACCAGAGUGGAGAAAAGAGGAAGCUCAGUAACAGAGACCUGCCGCUAUGGGAGCGCAUACUACAGGGUCCCUCUGAUGACAUCAUGAGGAUCUUUUUGAUGGACAUGGACGAAGAGGAAGUCAGCAACGAUGUAGCCCAGUAUCUGAACUUGGAGCUUCCUAUCCUGGAGCAGGUUCUGCUGAAACUCAGAGAGGAGGAGAACAAAGAGAUACAGAGGGUCAUUACCAAGUACCACCACCAGCAUAGACUCCUAUCCCAUAUGCUGAACUGUAAGACGUCACCUCACAUUGAGACCAGUGUCUGACGACUGCUGAUCUGAAUCACUGACACAGGAUCAUAAGUUUGAAUGUGAAACAUAAAGGUGAAGAUAGGAAAAUACCACAUGACAUACUGACAUCCAUGCAGAUGAACAACAAAGAAGUAACAGAAUACAUGGUACUUUUUCAAGUCUUACAAACUGAGUCACUUAUAUCAUUUUUAUUCACUGUAUUCCUUCAUUGUCUGUAAAAUAAGUACAAGAUAAAAUUGUAAGAUGCUGCUGUAAAUAUCUGUAAAUCAGUGUUGUGUGUUCAUUAAUAUAAGUUGUGGGACCAACAUGA